GCGGGGCGGGGCCAGCCGACCGGGGCGGGGCCUGCAUCGGGCACCGCCCCGUUGCCCUCCCCCCUGACAGCUGCGGGGCUCGCCGAGCUCAGAGCGCGUCCUCUCCAAGCAGGCGAAGUGAGAACCCUCCACCUUCUGUACCGCACGCCGGGCCCUCCGCCGCACGGCUCUGAGCAAACCGGUUAUCGCCAUGGCGUUCGCAAGCUGGUGGUACAAGACGCAUGCCGGUGAAAAAACCAGUGGAUCACCUUCAAAGUCAGGAGAAAAGAAAGGAUCAGAUGAGAAAAAAGCAACAAGCCUUGGGAGCAGUCAGCCUUCCAGAACCCAUGCUGGUGGAACAGCCCGGGCCACCAAGGUGUCAGCUUCUUCUGCUUCCACCAGCAAGUCUUCCAGUAUGAAUCCCACAGACAGCAAGGCUAUUCCAAUCAGCAAACAGAUGGAAGGACAGCAUUCCCCCUGCAAGAAAAGACCCAAAAAACAGGCUGCAAAAACAGAACCUGAAAACAAGUCACAAUCAACUAAGCCAUCUGUGGUUCCUGAGAAAAAAACCCAAGAAAUAAAGCCAAGGGAACACAAAGAGCCAAAAAGCCUACCCAACCAUGCAUCAGAUACAGAAAGCAAGCAUGUUCAUAAUGAAAAAGCAGUUUCCAGAUCAAGUGAGCAGUCGACAUCUGAGAAAUCAACAAAACCAAAGACUAAAUCACAGGAUGCAGUUUCUGCUGGCAGAGAAGGUGUUGCUGAUAUAGCUGCAGCAUCUGCCAAACCAGAUAACAAGAAAAAAGAAAAGAAAUCAUUAACGUCUGCUGUACCAGUUGAAUCCAAACCGGGUAAACCAUCUGGAAAGUCAGACCUGGAUGCCGCUUUGGAUGACUUAGUAGACACUUUAGGAGGACCUGAAGAAACUGAAGAAGAUAACACAACAUAUACUGGACCUGAAGUUUCAGAUCCAAUGACUUCCAUCUACAUAGAGGAAUUAGGUAAAAGAGAAGUCACCAUUCCUCCAAAAUACAGGGAACUUUUGGCAAAAAAAGAAGGUAUCACAGGGCCUCCUCCAGACUCUUCGAAACCCAUGGAGCCAAGUGAUGCCAUAGAUGCUUUGUCAUCUGACUUCACCUGCAGUUCUCCUACCGCUGGUGGAAAGAAACCUAAGGAAGAGAAAUCUACAGAAGAGGUUCUUAAAGCUCAGCCAGCCAGGGUAGUCAAAAGUGCUGCUUCACCCCAAGACAAAAAAAGAAAGGUGGAGGAGCAGGACACAAUGAGUGAUCAAGCACUGGAGGCUCUUUCUGCUUCGCUGGGCACUCGGAAGCCAGAACCUGAGCUCGACCUCAGCUCCAUUAAAGAAGUUGAUGAGGCAAAAGCUAAAGAAGAGAAACUAAAAAAGUGUGGUGAAGAUGAUGAAACUGUGCCUUCGGAGUAUAGAUUAAAGCCAACCACGGAUAAAGAUGGAAAACCACUUUUGCCAGAGCCUGAAGAAAAAUCCAAGGCCCUGAGUGAAUCAGAACUCAUUGAUGAACUUUCAGAAGAUUUUGACCCGCCCAAAAGUAAAGGAAAACGAUCUAAGACAACCAAAAAAACAGAAGCAUCUCAGGCUGCUGCCCUGACUCCUGUGAGUGAGGCUGUGCCUCGAGCUUCCAUGUGUACUAUACUGUCCACACCGACCAAGCCAGCUCCCUUGAAAGGCAUGGUGCCAGAUGAUGCUGUAGAAGCCUUGGCUGGUAGCCUGGGGAAAAAGGAAGCAGAUCCAGAAGAUGGAAAGACUGUGGAAGAUAAAGUCAAGGAGAAAGCCAAAGAAGAGGAUCGUGAAAAACUUGGUGAAAAAGAAGAAACAAUUCCUCCUGAUUAUAGAUUAGAAGACGUCAAGGAUAAAGAUGGAAAACCCCUCCUGCCAAAAGAGCCCAAGAAAUCACUUCCACCCAUGACUGACGACUUCCUUCUUGAUGCUUUGUCUAAGGACUUUGCUGGUUCCCCAAACUCUUCAUCUCUUAAAUUUGAAGAAGCUAACCUUUCUGCUGCCAUCUCUGAAGUGGUUUCCCAAACCCCAGCUCCAACCACAUACUCUGCUGGCCCGCCCCCUCAUGUGCAGGGCGACAACAAGGAACUGGACGAUGCCUUGGAUCAACUUUCUGACAGUCUAGGACAAAGGCAGCCUGAUCCAGAUGAGAACAAACCAAUAAAGGAUAAGGUCAAGGAAAAAGCCAAAGCUGAACAUAGAGACAAGCUGGGAGAAAGAGAUGACACCAUCCCCCCUGAAUAUAGACACCUCCUGGAUAAUGAUGAUGAGGGCAAACCCGUAAAGCCACCUACACAGCAACCCAAGGACUCAAAGAAAUCUGCAGCUGACAAAGACCCCAUCGAUGCCCUCUCAGGUGAUUUUGACAGCUGUCCUACACCCCCAGAAACCUCAGAGAAGACAGCAGAGAAGGACAAAGUCAAGACAACUGCUCCCAGCUCCAAAGCACCCAAGAAUGGGGGUAAAGCAAAGGAUUCUGCAAAGGCAAAGGAUGAAACUUCUAAGCUAAAAGCUGAUGAAAAAAAUACAAGUUAAAGUUCACACUAUUUGGUAUCUGCCUAUAUAAUCUUCAGCUGGUGAAUGGUGACUUUUGAAGGACAAAAGGCUUUGAACAACAGAAAAUUUUUCUGGGUGGUUUCUAGACAGUGUUAUUUGUUGACUGUUGACAUCCUAAACAUUGGUUAUUCUUUUCCCAGAAAGAAAAUGAAUUUGUCUGGUUCAUCUGUGUAACUGUACUGAGUAUUGAUAAACUUUGAAUUUUUAAAAAUUG